AUGGCUGGUAAUAACAACCAUAUGCAAGGGUACAUCAAUAAGAUGAUUGCAAACAAUACCGAACAACAUGGUGUACCUUCGGACGAGAAUCGAUAUCAUAUAGUGCCUAUGCGAGUGACCGACGUUGAUGAUGCUCAUGGAAGUACAGGUGCUCUUUACCUGAUCGGAUUUUGGAAUGGUCAAGCAAUCUACAGAACUACUCAUACAGUAGCUCAUCACAUGGAAGGCAAUCAGCUUGGUCAAUAUGAAAUACAUUGGCCGCCAGUAUUUCCCGACGUUUGGGUACCGGAAUGCGAAGUUCUUCAAAUCGACAUCAGCAUUCGUGACUGGUUCGCAUCGGUCAUAUCACUUCCAACGGAUGAUAAUGAUGAUGACCUUGAUGAAAUAGAAGAACAGGACGAAUACGUCGAAUACGACGACGGCGACGAAGAAGAACAAGAACAAGAAGAAUAUGAGGGCGAUGAUGACCGCUAUCGCCGAAAUGUUCGAUAUAUCGUACGUCGACGUCUAGAUCAACAACUAACCGUAAAGGCACUUGCUUGGCUUUUCGUCCGAACAAUCAAACGUCGUGCAACAGUUGAUUAG